GUGAAGCGUGGAAUGCGAGCAUCCUCGGGCGCGCGCGAAAAACGGUCACGCGAAGUGAGAGUAGCCCACGAUGACGUUUCUUCUUCUACCUACGCCUGUGCUGUGCUUGUGUACGAUGUACGGAGGAACGAGGUUUCGAAGAAAGUUUCAGUUGCCGUGGAACUGUGACACGAUCAUCCGCGAAGCGAAACACCGGUUAUAUUUUACCGACAUUUCAGCGACAAAGCAGUUAACCGCUUCGAAAGAAAUUACAAUUUACGUUGUUUAUUCUCCAUUUAUUCUUUUUCUGAAAUCCAUUGAUUUGGUAAAAAUCGUGAAAAUUAAAAUUAAACUCGAGAUGGGCAGUAGAUCGUUUUGAAAUAGAGAUUUUUCUAAAUAGAUUGUAAAAAAAAUAGAAUAAAAGAAAUUGAAAACCAGAAUUUUGAAAGAUGAAAAGUGACGAGCUCAAGUUCGGAUCUAUUUUUAUACUCCUUCUUCUUUGUUCUGGAAUCGUUGGUGAGGAUCGUCGAAGGAUUCGUCGGAAAACGGACGGAUCUGUUUACUGCAACUUCGACGAAACGCGAAACAAUCAUAGCGCGUCGGAUUUGUUGCAGUGUAUCGAUGAAUUGGCAAUCGAUCUCGUGGACAAGGAAAGCGCGAGUGCUACGAAUGGAAAUGGUCAACGGAAUGGGUCCACGGGCAGACGAAUCUCUUUCGUCGACGUUUUCUCGAAUAUUUUCGAUAUACCUGCCACGUCGCAUCAGAGCGGCCCUCUUCCAACUCACUCGACUUCCGGCUAUCAGCAAUUGAAUUAUCCGAGCGGAAUGGCCGCUCUUUCCGCGGGAUUUCAACUGAAUUUCCUGACUGAAGCUCUGUCCACGAUAUCCCGCCACGACGACUACAAGUGCGUGGCAAGGAUACUGUGCGAGAUGGCGAGCGGAAAACUUCCUGGACGAUCGUUAGGCAAACGGGGAUCCGGUUUCCUCGAGUUCCUCGGCCGAAUCUUCUUCACCGAUUGGUUGGCGAAAAUCGACGUCGGUGGUACGUCUCCAUUGUUGAACUUUGGAAGAGCCAUGAUCCUUGGAUACAGCAAUCGAGGAAGUUCUGAACCGUGCUAUCAAGCGUUCCCAAAGUGCCCGAGGGAUAUGAACGGGUUGGUUCAUUACUUGAAUAAUUACAACGGAGGAUUCUUCAGGCUUUUCAAUAGGAUUCGUGGUGGAAAAUACAGGGAGUCGAAUGGAAUCGUCGGUCAGAGAGUCGACGAUUACUCGAAGAUCGACGUGAAGGGGAGAAUAGUAGGAGGAAACUCGAGGAAGUACAUUCCCAUUGAAAGCGCGGAAGAACCGGUAAUCCGGGAUACGGUUCAGUUUCCAGCUACGAGUUACCAAGAAUACUUGAAAAAGAAGGGAAUUCCGGGAUACGAUAAAAUGAGUAGCGAAGUGAUAUUUCCGAACGAAAGAGAUCCAUCGUCGAACGUGGAGCCGUCGAACAGCGUGGAAAACGACGGGGCGAAAUCUGAAUUGAACGGAAUUUGGCGGAAAGAUAAGGUCGCAUUCUUUCCCGAGGGAAAUCGCGACAGAGGAUUGUCCCGGUUCCGAUUCCCCUCCGACUUUCCACUCGCAUCGUCGUAACUCCGCCUAUCAAACAUUCAAACCACUCGAGCCCGACUAAUAAAUACCUCGUUAAACGUAAUUCGAAUAAAA